AUGCUACUCCUGCCAGUUUCUCCCGGACUUCUGCUGCUCUUGGUGGUGGUGGAAGCUUUGGAGCUAUCCAAGCUGGCGGUUCAGUUGGACGUAGAAGCCGGGAAGCUCCCUACCGUCCCCGCCGUCCUACUCACCGUCGUCGUCGCCGUAGUGAUCGUGAACUCCGUGGACGCCUUGAUUAUCGUCGUGACCUUGGACGUCGUGGAGGCCUUGGAGCUCCCUACAGUGGCCGUGGAGGCCUUGGUGAUCGCAGCGGUGCUCCAGUCGCUGGCACUGGUGCUGGCGCUGGCCAGAGUGGACCCUCUUCCCCAGCGGCCGCAACCCCCCAUAACGAGGCGAACCUGA